CAUAAAAAGCUGAGACUUUAUCUCUCAUCUCUCUUUAGACGUACAAAAAAAUCAGUUUUUUAAGUUUCACUCUAAUGGCGUCAAUUUCGUCCUUUGGCUGCUUCCCUCAAUCCACAGCGCUCGCCGGAACUUCCUCCACCACCAGAUGCCGGACGACUGUGGCUGCUCGAUUAGCUGACCAAUCAGAUGACUUCGCUCCUCUUCGUUCUUCUGGUGGGAAUUGUGGAUGUGUUAAUAAUUCUGGAGAGUUUGAUCGCAGAAAGUUGUUGGUUUCUUCUGUUGGUUUGUUGAUUGGAGCAUUGUCAUACGAUUCUAAAGAUGGAGACUUUGCAUCAGCUUCUCAAUUUGCUGACAUGCCAGCGCUUAAAGGGAAGGAUUAUGGCAAAACAAAAAUGAAGUAUCCAGAUUAUACAGAAACACAGUCUGGUCUUCAGUAUAAGGAUUUGCGAGUAGGAACUGGGCCUAUAGCAAAAAAGGGAGACAAAGUUGUGGUUGACUGGGACGGUUACACAAUAGGGUACUAUGGACGCAUAUUUGAAGCUCGCAAUAAAACAAAAGGGGGUUCUUUUGAGGGCGAUGAUAAGGAAUUUUUCAAAUUUACCUUAGGAUCCAAUGAGGUGAUACCUGCUUUUGAGGAGGCUGUCUCUGGGAUGGCUCUCGGUGGUAUCAGAAGGUUCAACAUCUUUCUAAUAUUUCUAACUCUACACAUCCUCCAUAUGUUUUUCAUAUAGAACUCACUCUUCACACAAAUGGUAGACGGUAGAAUGAAUCAGUGUAAAUAAUUAGCUUGGUAUUGCAGGAUAAUUGUACCGCCAGAACUAGGAUACCCGGAUAAUGACUACAACAAGAGUGGGCCGAGGCCGAUGACUUUCUCUGGACAACGUGCAUUAGAUUUUGUGCUGAGGAACCAAGGGCUCAUAGACAAGACACUUCUCUUUGAUGUUGAACUCCUCAAAAUUGUACCCAAUUGAUGUAACAUCGACAGUCUUAACUCACGUACAUAUAUAUUUAUUUAUGAUGUGUAUACUACAUUGGCACAUUUGUGUAAAUUGAGCUCAGUUUAUAUCAUAUAAUGUUAGCUCUUUUUAGGAGUGUU